AUGAUCGCUAAGCAGCUCCUUGCCCUUCUCCUCUCCGUUGGCGCCUCUGCCAGCCCCUUGGCCUUGCGGAGCGUCUUCACGGUUCUCACGGAUUUGAGCACCAUCUCGGCCCAUCUGUCAAUUCUCAGCACCACAGUUGGGAACUUUGACGGCACUUUAACCGGUGCGGUGAGCGUUCAGCAGGAUGAAAUCACUCUGUCGGAUGCGCUCAACAAGACCGUCAUUGACGUGACUGCCUCCUCUGCAUUCGGGGCCGCCGACAGCACGAGCGUGACCCAUGCAUUGACAGGUCUCGAGUCGGGCAUCGUCACGGUCCUCGACAAGAUCAUCGGCAAGGUAGCGUCGACUGUAAGCCGCGAGUGGUCUAAUAAUCCCAUCACUGACGAUGUUCUAAAGAAAGCCUUAUUUGCCUCUGCUGGCGUGACCAGCAUCGUCUUGUCGGACCUCGAGACUCUCCAGAAUCUGACCGAUGGUCUCUCGAAGCAGCUGCAGCAAAAAGUCACUUCGGGAGACGCGUCCACCAUUGCCUCGGAAGCUGCUCAGCUGGACGGGGCAUAUGCCGUUGCCAUCUCCGCAUUUUCCUGA